AUGGCUCUCACAAGCACCAGUACUCUUCUCCCCAACAAAUCGAUUGGUGAAACCCAAUCUCUCCUACCUUCGUCCAAAUCCCACCAAUUUUCUCUCUCCACCAACCUUACCAAACCCACCAGAUCAAUCCAACCCAUCUCGGCCGUCCAUUCCUCUGAGCAGUCCAAAAACCCCAUUGUCUCUGAUAAGCCUCCAAAACCAACCACAUCGGCUAAAGCGGCCACCUCAACGGCAACAACAACGGUGACAAACCCAGAAAGGGUCUCCAAGAAAUGGACCGUGGACAGCUGGAAAACCAAGAAGGCUCUUCAACUUCCGGAGUACCCAGAUCAAGAAGAGCUCGAAUCUGUGCUCCGGACUUUGGAUUCUUUUCCUCCGAUUGUGUUCGCUGGGGAGGCCAGGCAUCUGGAGGAACGCCUUGCUGAGGCUGCAAUGGGCAAUGCGUUUUUGUUACAAGGUGGUGACUGUGCGGAGAGUUUCAAGGAGUUCAAUGCUAAUAAUAUUCGUGACACUUUCAGGAUUCUCCUCCAAAUGGGGGCUGUUUUGAUGUUUGGUGGCCAAAUGCCCGUCGUCAAGGUGGGUAGAAUGGCGGGUCAGUUUGCAAAGCCGAGAUCAGACCCGUUUGAGGAGAAGGAUGGUGUGAAGCUACCGAGUUACAGAGGGGAUAAUGUUAAUGGAGAUGCUUUUAAUGCGAAGUCGAGGAUUCCAGACCCUCAGCGGCUGAUCAGGGCCUAUUGCCAAUCAGCUGCUACUCUGAAUCUCUUGAGGGCUUUUGCCACCGGAGGAUAUGCUGCUAUGCAGAGGGUGACUCAGUGGAAUAUGGAUUUCACAGAGCACAGUGAGCAGGGUGAUAGAUACCGGGAACUAGCUCACCGCGUGGAUGAGGCCCUUGGAUUCAUGGCUGCUGCUGGACUUACUAUGGAUCAUCCUAUCAUGACAACCACUGAGUUUUGGACGUCUCAUGAGUGCUUGCUUUUACCUUAUGAGGCAGCACUUACUAGAAUGGAUUCAACAUCUGGCCUCUACUAUGACUGCUCUGCACAUUUUCUUUGGGCUGGGGAGCGAACCCGGCAAUUGGAUGGCGCUCAUGUUGAAUUCUUGAGAGGAAUUGCUAACCCACUAGGCAUUAAGGUGAGUGAUAAGAUGGAUCCAAGUGAGCUAGUCAAGCUCAUCGAGAUUUUGAAUCCUCAGAACAAGCCAGGAAGGAUUACAAUAAUCACGAGAAUGGGAGCAGAGAACAUGAGGGUGAAGCUUCCCCAUCUGAUCAGGGCAGUGCGAAGGGCUGGGCAAAUUGUCACUUGGGUCAGUGAUCCUAUGCAUGGAAACACUAUCAAAGCUCCCUGUGGUCUCAAAACUCGCCCCUUUGAUGCAAUUAGGGCUGAAGUCAGAGCAUUCUUUGAUGUCCAUGAGCAAGAAGGAAGCCACCCAGGAGGAGUUCAUCUAGAGAUGACAGGCCAAAACGUAACCGAGUGCAUUGGUGGAUCACGGACCGUGACAUUUGAUGACCUCAGCUCACGAUACCACACACACUGUGACCCUAGGCUGAAUGCUUCUCAAUCUCUUGAGCUUGCGUUCAUCAUUGCUGAGCGCCUAAGAAAGAGGAGGAUUGGAUCCCAGCAGGCAUUGGCGUAA